AUGCCAGAGAGCCAUCGCCGGCAUGGGCAUCAGCACGAAGCUGCUGCUCGGGCCAGGCGUCAGACUCGCGUGGCGCCGACUGCUCCGAACGAGAAUGAAGAGCCCAAGGACCCAGCCACGACUUGGUCCAGCAGUUCGCACGACGCCUCGUCCCCAUUCCUGGCGGACGGGGCCGCGGCAGCACCGCCCGCAGUGGCGACAAGCGCGGCAGAGCGGGAGACCAGCAGGCCACAGGAGGCCUUGUCCCCGAUCCCGGCGGGCGUGGCCGCGGCGGCAGGGCCCGCAGCGGCGACGCGCGUGGCAGCGCAGGAGGGGCCCCCGGCGGCUGCCGACAUCGCCCAGGCGCUGCCGAGUGUGACGUCGCAGCCCUUGGCAGCGGUCGAGGGCGUCCCGACGGCAUCGAGCGCGACGGAGCAGCCCCCGCCGGAACCGGGAGCGGAGGACUGCCACCUGCCGCGAGAGGGGGAGGCCUGCUAUGCCGCCGUGCACUGGACCAGGACCGAAGGCCUUCGCCAGCACCCCGAGUGGUUCAAGGGCGUCCGGGAGCCGAGGAGCAGCCCCAGCAACAUCCAGGAGUGGUAUUGGAUAGUCGGCAGGCAUAGCUGCGGGAAGCCGUGCCGUUCUCAGGAGUACGCCCUCCCAUCUCACGAUGUCGUCGUUCAGCGCUACGACUCGAAGGGCACGCCCCUUACCGAUGAGACCGCCGACUGCUACGAUGCCCGGCAGGGCGAACUCUGCCACACCGCCAGCAAGUGGGCAUCGACAACGGGCCUGGCCUCGCAUCCCGACUGGUACGCCGAGGUCCGGGGCCAGAAAGAGUUCGCGGACAUGCAGGAGUGGUUCUGGAAGCACCACAGGCAUGGCUGCCAGCGCCCCUGCCGCGGCGCGGACCCGAUGGACCUCCCCGCAGACGACCUGCUGGAUGAGAUGCAGGCCGAGGCCGAGGAGGACGAGACGCACAAGCUCGAGCCCGUCUUCGAGCCAGACGAGAUGUCGUCCGAUUUCGACUCCAGCCCCCAGCCUGCAGCGCAGACCGAGGCCUCCCACGUCGGCCCGGCGCAACCCAGCAGAGCGCUCAGCCUGCCGGAUGGGAGCUCCGCCAGCGUCCCCGUGGCGCCCACCAGCUCAGGCGCCGACGCGGAGCCCGAGACGCGCACGGGGCCCGACGCCACGGCUGCGCCCGACGCGGAGCCCACGCCUCACACCUACGCCGCGGGCGCGCCCGAUACGGAGCCCGCUGAAGACACGGAGGUCAAAGCCAUGGGCGCAUCCGACGCGGAGCCCGUGGAGCCCGUCUCCACGCACGCGUUCGAGACCGAGCUCGCGCCCGACGCGAAGCUCGGCGCCACGGGUGCACCCGACGCGGAGCCUGAACCCAGCACAGACCUCGACGCCAAGGCUGCGCCCGACGCGGAGCCUGCGGACCGCACGCAGCCCGCCGGCACGGGCACGCCGGACACGAAGCCAGUGGAACCCGCCUCCACGGACGCUCUCGAGAUGGAGCUCGCGCCCGAUGCGGAGCCCAACGCCACGGACGCGCCCGACGCAGAGCCCGCGCCCGGUGCGAACUCGAAUGCCACCGACGUGCCCGACGCGGAGCCCGCACUCACGGAGUCCUCCGCCACGGGCGCGCUCGAGACGGACCUCGCGCCCCAAGCGGAGCCCGGCGCCACGGUCGCGCCCGACGUGGAGCCCGCGCCCAGCACUGAAGCUGACGGCACAGGGGUGCCCGAAACGGACGCCGCGCCGUACACUGAGCCAGAAGCCGACGGCGCCCCCAACACAGAGCCCGCGUCCAGCUCGGAAGCCGAUACUUCAGUCACGCCCGGCGCGGAGCCCGCGAACACGGAGGUUGACGCCAUGGGCUUGCCGGCCGCGGAGCCCACAUCCCGCCCACAGCCAGUCGCCAUGGGCGCGCCAGGUGCGGAGCCCGCACCCCGCACAGAGCUUAAUGCCACGGGCGGGCCCGACGCGGAGCCCGCGCCCCGCACGCAGCACAACGCCACGAGCGCGCCUGACAUGCGGUCGGACCCCGACGUGGCGGGCGCACCCGACGCGGAGCCUGUGCCGCAUGCAACUGCCGACGCCCAGGGCUCGCCCGCUCCGCAGUCGAAUGUCAGUGGUGAGGGCCCGGCGUUGCCGCAGGAGGAGGCUUCCGUGGUGACCGUGUCGACGCCCCAGGCUGCCCCCCAGACGUGCAAGUUUUACUGCGUGUUCUACCUGUCCACCUCGUGGAAAAGCAAGUGCGCCUCGCCCGACUGCGAGGGCUGCCUGCGGUGCGUGGACCAGCGCCUCAGUGCUCAGGAGGAGCUGGAGCAGCAGCGCCUGAGGAACGGAGUCCCCCCGGAAAAAGCUGCGGCGUGCAACGACGCCGUGAAAGGCGACCCGUGCUACCGCGCCGUCGAGUGGGCGAGCGGCUCGGGUGCGCGGACGCACCCCGACUGGUACAAGAACGUGCCCGCCCCUGGAGGCUUCGAAGAUUUCCAGGAGUUCUUCUGGAGGGCGCGGAGGCACGGCUGCCGGCGGCCGUGCCGCGGGGCGCCACAGGGCAGCGGCGGCGGCGGGUCGCCGGCCGGCCCCGCCAGCGAGGCGCCGCGGCCGCCCGAGGGCGGGGGCGGCAGCGGCGCGGCCGCGGUGCGGGCGCAGGAGGAUCGAGGGACACACAGCGAGCAGCCCUGA